AGUAACCGUUUGAGUUUCCUUUGAGUAGAAGUUAAAUACGAAUUGGAAUACUAUAAGGUGUCAAUACGUAAGAUGAAAGUGUUAUUUUUGGUGAUAGCCCUUUUCGGGAUAUCAAUCUACGCACAGGCGCCUUGUACUUCAACGAUUUGCCUUUCGCAAUGUCGUUUCGACUCAAGAUGUCCUCCUUUCAAUCCGCUGAAGCCCGUUCUGUUACAGCACAGGAAUUGCGCACAGUUCUACAAAUGUCAUAACGGACGAGCAUGUCCAUACGAUUGCCCACCAGGUUUGCACUUCAAUAGCCGAGAGAGUACCUGCGAUUGGCCACAUCGAGCGUGCUGCGAUCCAAGAGUUGAAUGCCGGCCAGAUCCUUGUAAUCCAGGAGGAGGUUGUCACCCACCACCGCCACCACCACCACCUCCUUGUAAUCCAGGAGGAGGUUGUCACCCACCACGGCCACCACCACCACCUCCUUGUAAUCCAGGAGGAGGUUGUCACCCACCACGGCCACCACCACCACCUCCUUGUAAUCCAGGAGGAGGUUGUCACCCACCACCGCCACCACCACCACCUCCACCACCACCACCACCACCACCACCAUGUCCUCCAAUCAUCUGUCCACCACCACCAUGUAGUGGCGGAAUUGUUUGUAACAACUGCGAGCUCAACCCGGAAUGUCCUCUAUUUAACCCACCUAAGCCAAAACUACUUCGUCAUCGCAUCUGCACUAAAUUUUACAAAUGCGAAACUGGCCGUGCAUGUGAAAUGGAUUGCCCUAAAGGACUUCACUUUAACGUGAAAAAGCAGGUGUGUGACUGGCCUUGGUUUGCAUGCUGCGAUCGUACAGUUGAGUGCAGGCCAAAUCCUUGUGACGUAAUGACUUGCCCUCCCAGUAUACUACCGCCAACCUGUGUCGGAUGGUAUUAUUAUUGUUUUACCGCUGUAAAUCAAAUAAUUAAAAAGAAUACGCGUAUAUUGCAUCGAACAGAUAUGAAGCGUAUAGUUUUGGUUUUGGCGUUGUUUAGCGCGUUAACCUUUGCUCAAGGACCCUGUACGGAAUCGUGUUGGCAAAAUUGUCCAAUCGACUCUCGGUGUCCGUCAACGAACGGAAAUCAAGCAACGUUGCUACCACAUCUUAACAACUGUGCCAAAUUCGUCAAAUGUGAAACAGGACAUGGCUGUGCGCAUGAUUGUCCGGCUGGACUUCAUUUCAACGCAACGGCAAAGGCAUGUGAUUGGCCACAUCGUGCGUGCUGUGAUUUAAGUGUGUGCAAACCGGACGACGACGUACCUAUUCGAAAUUGUGUGUUGAAUUCAAAAUGCCCAGCUGUUAACCCAGCCAAACCAAUAAUACUGCCACACACCAGUUGUUCCAAGUUCUAUAAAUGUGACCGAGGAUACGCUUGUGAAUAUACUUGUCCUGAUGGGUUGCAUUUCAACGAGAAAGAUUUAGCAUGUGACUGGCCGUGGCGAGCAUGCUGUGAUAAAACUAUUGAAUGUUAUGUCCCAUGCGAAGAUAACACCUGUGCUCCAGGUUCCACAAGUACAACCACUUCUACUACUUCCACUACUAGUACCACUUCUGCUCCUGUCACCACUACUACCACCACUACUACUACAAAAGCUCCGGAUACUACCACCACUACAACUACUACACCAGCUCCAACCACUACUACUAUACCACCACCAUCUGAUAACGAAUGCAAUACUUGCCCGAAAAACUGCGAAGCUAAUCCGGACUGUCCAGCCGUGAAUCCUGUUCAGCCAAUCUUGCUGCCUCACUACGUAUGUUCUAAAUUUUACAAAUGUGAAACGGGUCGCGCCUGCGAAGUUGAUUGCCCUGCUGGACUUCAUUUCAACAGUCGAAAGUCGGUCUGCGAUUGGCCAUGGCAGGCGUGCUGUGAUCCUUCAGUAACAUGUAACCCGAAUCCUUGCAUCCCUGGUGUCACAUGCGCUCCAAAUACUACGCACGCUAAAAAUGGACUACACUUCCAGCUCUCUGUUGCUGUUGCCGGUUCGACCAAUGAUCGUGAACUCCAUGAGUUUAACCAGCCAGCCACUCAUGGAAUCAAUAAUAAGGAUGUAAACCUCGCUCUUCAAUCUCCUGAUUCGUUCAUCAGUCAAAUUGAAGAUACUGUUACUGAGCACAGUUUCUCAGACUCACACUCUAAUAUGGAUACUGGCGAGCUGACAUUGUACUAUCAGAAUGUAGGCCGCAUCAACUCAUCCAUUGCAGAAUAUUCACAUGCCUGCUGCGACGACGCAUUUGACAUUUAUGCUUUUACCGAAACUUGUACGUUUUAUCAUUUUCUGGAAGGCGAAGUUAAAUCGACAGACAUUAAAAAAGUUGAAAAAAUGCUCAAAUUGUUAUUGAUGCUAGCUCACAUUUAUCUAGCACUUGCACAAGAAUGUACAAUAUGUCCAGUAGGAGUGUGUAGUCUAAAUACCAGUUGUCCUAUAAAUGACAAUACUUCUAAGUUGCCACACUCGAACUGCGGAAAAUUCUAUAAAUGUAGUAAUGGUUAUGCGUGUGAAAUGAGCUGCCCCGCAGGACUACACUGGAGUAAAACCGCAAAUCGAUGUGAAUGGCCACACUUCGCCUGCUGCGAUCCUAGUGUUGAGUGCCGUCCAUGCUGUGGUACAACUGCUGCUGACCCUCCAUCCGUUAGUUCAACAAUCACAGUUUCAACAACACAACCUCCAACAAGCACAUCAGCCGCAACACCUACACAAUCCACAACAACCACGGUUCCAUCAGCUCCAACACCUUCAACAUCUACACAAGCUCAAACAACUACAAUCACAACAACGGCAACAAGUACAACAACGACAACAAGUGCACCUAUUACACAACCACCUGCUACUUCAUGUGUAGAAGAUUACCGUUGCCCUGCGAACGAUAAUCCUAUGAAUCCGCUACUAUUAGCCCAUGAAACUGACUGUUCUAGUUUCUACAAGUGUGAUCAAGGUCGAAGAUGUCCGAUGACGUGUAGGCCAGGUGAGCACUUCAGUAAAGUUCUACAACGUUGUGAAUGGCCAAAUAUCGCAUGCUGCGAUCCAAGUGUUCCAUGUAGCACAACGGCCUCGACUUCGACUUCAACAACUACCACAACCACCACAACAACCACAACAAUUGGACCCGGAGUGGAUUCCUGUAUAACUGACCCGCAAUGUCCAGCGAAUGAUAAUCCAAUGAAUCCAUUGUUGCUGAAACAUGAAACCAAUUGUUCUCUUUUCUACAAAUGUGAUUUCGGUAAAAGGUGUUUGAUGCAGUGUCAACCAGGAGAGCACUUCAGUCAAGAUUUGCAACGUUGUGAAUGGCCAAAUAUCGCAUGCUGCGAUCUGAGUAUAACAUGCACUAGAACGACAACCCCAUCGACCACACUCGCAGCCGGAUCAGGAACAUGCGUGCCAGAUUCCCGGUGUCCGAUAAACGAUAACCCGUCAAAUCCACUCUUACUUCCGCAUGAAUCCGAUUGCACUCGAUUUUACAAAUGUGACUCUGGUCAGCGGUGUUCGAUGGAGUGCCGAGCGGGCGAACAUUUUAGCAUAAAUUUGCAAAGGUGUGAAUGGCCAAAUUAUGCAUGUUGUGAUUCAAGAAUACAGUGCGAGAGAAUUCCUCAAGUAAAUGAUCCAUGCUAUCCUGAAGUGUGCUCGAUCCCAGUUUGCUAUACAGACAGCGGAUGCCCAUUAUCGGAUAACCCGCUCAGUCCUAUCCAUUUGCGGAAUCCGGCUAGUUGUACAUCCUUCUACAAAUGUAUGCAAGGAAAAGCUUGUCUCGUAGAGUGUCCUGCCGGUCAACAUUGGAGUCAAGAAUUGCAACGCUGUGAAUGGCCAAAUGUUGCCUGUUGUAGUCCAACAGUACAGUGUUGCGCUGAAUGCCUUGCUGAUCGACGCCGGGAACUUGGGCGCUUGUUUGGAAUAAAAAUGUAUAAUUAAAAAGUUGAACUUCAUCAUGAAAAUAUAUUAGGGGAUUACGUGAUGGGUGACUAAUAUUCGAAAUUUUGUACUGAAUACGGAAAAUAACUUCUUUAA